AUGGUCGUCGCCACCGACGUUACCCACCCUUCUCCAGGCUCCGCCUCUAACACUCCCAGCAUCGCUGGCAUUAUUGCAUCCAUCAACAGCCAGCUGGCCCAAUGGCCUGCAGACCUCCGCAUCCAAACCUACCGCCAGGAAAUGGUCUCAGCGCUCGACGACCUUCUGGAAACCCGCCUGAAACUCUGGGCCAAGCACCACCAGCAAAAUUACCCAGAAAACAUCCUCGUCGUCCUCAACAAUGAACUCCCACUUCUCCAAAAAGCAAGCGCCUCCCUCUACUCGGCCACAGAUAUCAAAAUCCGGCUACCUGCGCAUAAAGCAUCAUCAUUGUCGGCAAGUGAUAUAAUACCUGCGACGCAGACCACUCCUUCAACCCGCGAAAAUGGCGCCGUUGUUGACCGUGGAGUCACUGACGUCCGCAACUGGGACUUCCUAGAAUCGCACACAGCGCUUCAAGGGACUGCGCGCCCGGGCCAUUACUACAUCGUCGACGACGAGGUCAGGUCAACAGCUGCAGCGUCGGCGAUGUCGAGUGUCGUACUCGCCCUGGUGGAAAUGUCGCAGAUGCCGUCGAAGCGCUGA